CUGGCGAUUUCAUCUUGUGUCACAGGAUGCUCCUGUUCCAAUGAUAACUUUGGAAGGAGUUUGCUUUGCAUGUCUACAUCUUUGAGAAAGAUCCCAGCAGACAUCCCUCAAGAUAUCAAAAAAAUUAGAAUAGAAAACUCUCACCUAACAGAACUGCCUCGUGGGUCAUUUGUUAAUGUUAGUGCCUUGCAAUAUCUUUGGCUUAACUUUAAUAACAUCACAGUCAUGCAUCUAAAAAGCCUGGAGUACCUGAAGAAUUUGACUGAGCUGAGAUUGCAGGGGAACAAGUUGAGUUCAGUACCAUGGACAGCAUUCCAAGACACCCAGGCUUUAAAAAUACUGGAUCUAAAGCACAACAGGCUUGAUGUCCUUCCGGAACAUGCCCUCCGCUAUCUGCCUAACCUGACCUACUUAGACUUAUCUUCCAAUCAGCUUACUGUCAUCUCCAAGGAUGUUUUCUAUAACUGGCCUGUGUACCAAAAAACCCAGCAGCUGGAGAAGAAGGUGGAAGCUAUUUCCAAUGCAGUCUUGGCCUUGCACGAUAACCCUUGGAUAUGUGACUGUCGCCUGCGUGGGUUUGUCCACUUCAUCAAAUCAAUCAGCCCACCAAUCAUUCUGAUGAAUUCCUAUUUAACUUGUUCAAGUCCCAAAUUUAGGGCAGGCAAAUAUUUCCAUGAAGUGGAGUUGAAUAGCUGCACAAAGCCCUUAGUAUCUCUCCUUGAGUCAAAUGUGACCGUGCUAGUUGGACUCAAUGCUACUUUGACUUGUUUGGUGCAGGCCAGUCCUUCCCCAGUAGUCUGGUGGACCUACACGCUAAAACACCUACGAGGAUUUAAUGUUUCCACUACCCAUAUCAGUGAGGAUACAAUUAAGUCAGAAUUGGUUAUUCCUUCAGCUCAUCUUGUAGAUGAAGGAAAUUACACCUGCACAGCUGCCAACUUUCUUGGCAACUCCUCAGUCACAAUGAUCCUGAAAGUCCAGGCCCCCCGCAUGGUGGCCUCUUCCUUCUCUUCUUCCAUCUCAGAGGAAAAUUCAUACAUUGAUGUGAGGAUUGCCAAGCAGACCGUCUAUGGGAUCACUCUGGAGUGGUAUACCGUGACUGAGAAUCCAGGGGAAACCUGGUAUACUCUCCAUUUUGGGAAGUAUGAUGACACCAAGAAGGACAUGAUUUAUAUUGGACCUGGAAUCAAUAGCUACUCAGUCAAUGAUUUGCUCCCUGCCACCAAGUAUGAAGUCUGUGUUACUCUGAGGAAUCAGACGCCUCAAAAAGGGCAGUGCAUUGUGUUUGUGACAGGAAGUGACAUCAGUCAACUAGAACAGAGAGAGAAACUCAUCCACAUCAUUAUCAUUGUAUGCGCUAUGGUCUUGGCUGUCCCUGCUGGGAUGUAUGCCUGCACCACAGAGACGAGAUUCAAUUGCAUGCAGAAAUGUGCUGACCUCUGUCGCAAGAACAGGAGAGGGCAAAACCUGAAAGGAGUCAACAAAGAAAGCACUUUUGACAGCUUGCCAACAGGCAGUGAAGAGGGGCUCUGCCGACGAGACUCCAGUGAAGACAAGAGAAAGCUAAAAACUAGUGAAGACAAGGAGAAGGCCAACAAGCAGAAACCUGAGCACAGAAAUAGUGCUGAUCUCUAUUAA